UACGCACUGCACUCGGUCGUCUGUCGGCGUAUGUUACUGCGGUGUAAAUUGACCUUGUAAGGACAGAACACUUUUUAUUUACACGGAAUCUGCAUUAAUUGAAAAUGAGGAUCCUUUUGUGUAUCAUAUUGUAUGUAUCAUUCAUGUCUGUUUUGUUUUAUAUUGAUGCCGAAGAAGUGUCAGUGUCAGUGAUGGAGGGAGAUUCAGUCAUUCUACACACUGGACUUAACGAAUCCCAACAAGAAAGAAUAAAAUGGUAUUUUAAAAACACUCGCAUCGCUGAAAUCACUGGAGAUCAGAGUAAGAUCUGUUCAGAUGAUCAGUGUAAAGAGAGAUUCAGAGACAGACUGAAGCUGGACAAUCAGACUGGAUCUCUGACCAUCAUGAACACCAGAACCACAGACUCUGGAGAAUAUACAUUACAGAUCAACAGCCGCAACACUGAAGUAAUAUUUAAUGUUAUUGUUCGAGCUGUUUCUGCUGAACUUGAUAAAAUGAAGGAAAUGGGAGAAUCUUUCAGUCUAGAUCCUGGUGUAAUAAUAAACCCAUAUACUGUGAUGAAGUGGUAUUUUAACAACAUCCACAUCACUGAAAUCAGUGGAGAUCAGAGUAAGAUCUGUUCAGAUGUUCAGUGUAAAGAGAGAUUCAGAGACAGACUGAAGCUGGACAAUCAGACUGGAUCUCUGACCAUCAUAAACAGCUUAACCGCAGACUCUGGACUUUAUAAACUACAGAUCAGCAGCAGCAGAUUCAGCAUCGUUAGGAGCUUCUGUGUUACCAUCAUGGGUGAGUGA